AUGAAUACACCUGCUUCAACUCAAGUCGGUCAUGGCAAACAUCUUCAGGAGAAAACCAUCGAAUAUGCCCUUCCUAUUGAAGAUGACAUGGAAGGCAAUGCACCACAAAAUCCGAAUUUGUCUGUGAAAACAUUUGCACCAGCCACAACUUGGGUCAGUCAUGUAGAAAACUAUCAGCAGAGUACAGUAAAAUUUACCCUUCCUGCUGAAGAUGACACAAAAGGCAAUGCAACACAAAGUCAAGAUCCAUCUCUGAAAUUGUUAUCUGCAACACCUGCAACAACACAAAAUCAAGAUUUGUCUCUGAGAACAUUGUUUGCAACACAAUCCACAACUCGAGUCAGCCAUGUAAAGGAACAUGAGCAGAGUACAGUCAGAUUUGAUCUUCCCAAUGAAGAUGACAUGGAACACAAUGCACCAGAAAAUCCAGACUCAUCUCAUAAAGUGUUUCCUAAAACACCAGCCACAACUCAUAGAUUUGUCCUUCCUGAUGAAGGCAACAAAAAGCAAGGCACUGCAACACAAAAUCAAGGUCAUGGUGAAGAUAAAAAAAGUGAGACUUUUAGAGAUAUGAACUUUCAAGAUUUUGUUCAUAAGUACUUUGAUGAUGAAGUAGAUUAUUAUCCUGGUGACAAUUCGAGUAAGGACAAAAUGGAUGAAAUUAAACAACAUGACUUGCCAAGUGAAGUAGCAGGAACAAGUCACCAUGAUGCUUCUGGCUUAAAAGAUAGCCCUAUCUUUCUUUCGAUUGUUUUGGUAGACAAUAUGCAAGGUACUACAACAGAUCUCCAGCACCGAGGAGGUGAAAUUCAUUACAGAUGCCUAAUAGCUCACUCGGUGAUAGAUCCAACCGAUCUGACUCCAUUUUUUGAGUCAUCCCCAGGCACUCCAGUAAUAUAUCCUACAGUGUAGUAGGUUUGGUAUGCCACAACUAUUAAGGAUUGUGAUUGUUUAGACAGCCACAUGGAAUGCACUUAAGUGCAAAAGAUAAAGAAGAGAUGCUGUUAAUGAUCUAUAACUCGCCUGCUCCUGACAUAUAAAUCGAUUUAUAACUGGUCAAAUAAGUCAGCGCGGGCUGAAGACCCUCUUUAAGGACAAAAAGCAAAUCAAUUAAAGAAUUUAUUAAACAGUGAAAUGUUGGUAAUUUCUUGGACAAAUCAACAAGGAAAGUGUUGCAUUUUAGGAGAAAGAAGGAGAUUUUUUGGUUUAAGGGUAAAUGUGUCAAAAUGGAU